CGCUGUUGUCUUUCUUUUCUUUCUUUGUUUUAUUUUCCGGUCGAGGUUGUGGCUUUAUUCUUACUCACAGGACAUCUAUUGUUUGAUUGUUUGGAUUCCGAGGGUAUUGUUAUUGUUUUGAUUUCCACAGUGUCUUCGCCCUCAUGGGUGUCUCCGAUUUGAUCCGCGGCCGCAACAAUACGCAGUUGGCCCAGAGCGUCGCCGGCUCCAAGUUCCACGGUCUCAACUACGAGGUUCGAGUCUCGUCGCCCAACAAUGCCGGCAGCCAGAAUAGCAUGGUCACUCUGAACAGUCGCAAGGACCCGCAGACCCAGAGCCACAAAGAAGUGACCCAGGGCGCUCGUUUGGGCAUACAGAAGGCCGAGGCUGCAGCGCUGGCCUGGAGCAAGAAGACGGCCUACGGGACUUAUGCAUUGAUCUGGCUCAGUUUCUUCCUCCUCGCCCUGCAAUCCUCCAUCAGCACCAAUGUCAUCCACAACGCUUACGCAUCCUUCGAAGCCGCCCCCGACAUCAGCACGGCCAACAUCCUGGCCAGCGUGAUCAGCGGCGUCAUCAAACUCCCGGUGGCGCGUCUCUUGAACAUCUGGGGUCGCAGCGAAGGCUUCCUCGUUUUCAUCGGCGUCUACCUCCUCGGUCUGAUUAUUUUGGCCUCGUGCAACAACCCCAGUGCCUACGCAGCGGGCUACGUGAUCUACUGGGUCGGAUACGAUGCGAUCUUCUUGAUCCUGGAUGUCUUCAUGGCGGAUACGUCGGGUCUUCGCAACCGAGCCUUUGCAUUUGGGUUCGCCAGUACCCCGUUUAUUUGCACCGCCUUUACCGGCCCCAUUGCGGCGCAAUCGUUCAUCCAAACGGCCUCUUGGCGUUGGGCGUAUGGCACUUUUGCCAUCGUUGCCCCGUUCGUCUUUCUUCCGUUGGCCGGGACGUUCAAGUUCUACCAGCGCAAGGCGCAGAGGAUGCAUAUUUACAGACGGCAGCCCAGCGGUCGCACGACAAUGCAGUCGAUUGUUCAUUACAUCAAGGAAUUCGACGUAAUCGGGGCAUUGCUUCUGAUGGCCGCCUUCAUCCUCCUCCUCCUCCCCUUCAGCCUCACCACCAACGGCAAAACCGAAUACAAAAGCGCCACCUUCAUCACCAUGAUCAUCCUCGGAGUGUGUCUCUUCUUCGUCUUCGCCGCGUGGGAACGAUUCUUCGCCCCCUACCACUUCAUCUACUACCCGCUGCUCAAGGACCGCACCAUCCUCGGCGCGUGCGCCCUCGCCGCCGUUCUCUUCUUCAGCUACUACGCCUGGGAACUCUACUUCUACAACUUCUGCAUGGUCGUCUUCGACCUCAGCAUCAGCAUGGCCGGGUAUAUCGGGCAGAUCUACAACGUAGGGUCGUGCUUCUGGUCUGCGGUGUUCGGCAUCGUCGUCUACGUUACCAAGCAGUUUAAGUACUCGUGUUUGGGCUUCGGAUUGCCGCUUAUCCUGCUCGGGGCAGGACUUAUGAUUCAUUUCCGCACGCCGGAAAGUAACGUCGGAUACCUUGUCAUGUGUCAGAUUUUCAUCGCCUUCGGGGGCGGCACGCUCGUCAUCGGCCAGGACAUGGCUGUCAUGGCGGCUUCGGAUCGCGAAGGUGUCCCCAUGAUGUUAUCGCUGAUCGGGCUGUCUUCGAGUCUGGGUGGUGCCGUUGGGUCAGCGGUCUCAGCGGCGAUUUACACGAAUACGUUUCCUCAGGUCUUGCACCGGGCUCUUCCGGACAGCCAUAAGAAGGAGUAUCUGAGUAUCUACCAGGGCGGAUACGUCAAGCAGUUGCAGUAUCCUGUUGGCUCGGAUGUACGGGAUGCUAUUAUCACGGCGUACGCGUCCUACAUGAAGUACGGAUGCAUUGCGGCGGUCGCGAUCAUGGCGCUGGGGUUCCCUGCGAUUGCGGUUUGGAGGAAUUAUCGCGUCGAUAAGGAGCAGAAUAAAGGGGAGAUGAUGUGACGAUGCAGGAAUAAAAACGAGUGAUACCCAACUCCGGCGUCUUGUUUGGUUAUGGUAUGAUAUGAUUUACUAGAGGAUGCUGGGAACAUCCAGUGGCCUGGUCAGGGACUAGUUACAGAUAGAUAAUUAAUUGUCUUGCCUUCAUUU